GUAUCCCGUGAAGCAGUGCGGUACACAAAAUGGCGGCAAACGGCAUGGAGGAAGAUUUUGACGACGGAGAACAGCCAGAAAUCACGACCAUCCCUGAUCCCCACCUGCGGCUGGGUAUAUCAGCACGAUGGGGCACGGGGAAUCAGCUGGCCGUCCAUGCGGCACUCCAUCCACCGCAAGAAGGUGUGACCUCGGGUAUCCAGGAGAGUCCACUGGUGCAUGAAGUGAGGUGGGGCACUCAGGAGGUCAAUAACCCCAUCAUCAGGAAACUCAUCAACGAGACACAUGGAACUUUUGUAUCCCUUCAACAUCACCAACCAGACACCACAACAACCAAUAGGAAACCUCAACUGGUGAAGUUCAGUCGGAACUACCGGUCAGUGAUCCGGGCGUGCCUGAUGCAGCUGAAGCAGGCGGAGGAGUCUGCGCGUGACGAUGCGACUGCGGAGGAGUACGGCAUGCAGGUGGAGAUCUACAGAAUGGUGGAGCUCAUCUGGAGCCUGUGUGAGAUCCUGUUCGUGGAGACUCUGCCAGGUGGCGUCGUGUUGGCACAGCUCCUGGACUGGGUAAAAUGGCACUUCAAUGAAGCUGAUGGAUAUGCCAAUGAGGCAACGACUUCAGACACCCCCCACUUACAUGACAGCUACUGGUCUGCUGUUUACCUCUACGUUCUUCAGGGCAGAAAUGACGAAGCAAGAAAACUUCUGUCCCUGGACCCAAACAGGAAUAUGGAUGUGUAUGAUGAAUAUGCCAGCAUCGAUGAGCUCCUCAGAAAAAUGCCAUUCUUCACAUUAUAUACAGGGCAGUCUCUGGCAGAGUUCGACAUGAAGUGGCGCCAUUGGCAGGACGAAUGUCGCCGGCGCUACUCAGAGGGAGAGUUUAACACAAACAAGAACCUGGAGACCAUAUGUAGAAUACUGUGUGGAGACGAAGAUGUGUUCUUGGAUCUUAAAGACCUGACAGAGACAUGGUACCAGAUGCUGGUGUCCAAACUGCUGUACUGUAACCCUACUGUCAAGGCCUUCGACCUGCAGUACCACGUCAAGGCAUGUAUUGAUGCUUAUGAUGGCCAUGCCACAUUACAACCCCUAGACAACAUCCUCCUGGCAGCAAUUGAGUUUGACCUCCACCAGGUGAUCAAGGAGAGCAGUUCCCUUCUUGGGAACUGGUGGUUCGUGGCUCAUCUUGCAGACCUCCUGUUCCAGUGUGGACAACUGGAGUCUCACAGUCUCAAUUAUGGAUCCAACCUGCGUGAGUUCCUACUGUUGGACUAUGCCUCCAGUCUGAUGUCUCACCCCAGUCUAUGGCAGGUGGGCGCAAGCUAUCUGGACUACUGCCCUGAGUUCGGAAGGUACUAUCUGGAGUUCUACCUGGAACGUCUACCUUUGCAGACAGAACGAAAGGCACUGAAAGUUCUGAGGGAGUGUGAAAAGAGAGACAUGAAGGACAUAUCCCACAGCAUCUGUAAGGUGAUGGGGGUACGAGCAUUGCGGAAUGAGAGACUAGGUUCAGCCUUGUCAUGGGCUCUCCGGUCAAAGGAUGCAUCUUUUGCAACAUUUCUUGCCGACCGUUUCCUGUCAGAGUACAGCAGUAAGGGUGGCUUCUCUAGUCUGGACCUACUGGACAACCUGGGGACAGCCAUGGUGCUCAGUGAUAGGCUCACAUUUCUGGGUAAAUACCGUGAGUUCCACCGUCUUCACGAGGAGCGAGAGUUCAAGUCCGCAGCCAAUCUGCUUCUGCAGCUCCUGACCAAUAGGAUGGCUCCCAAAAAGUUCUGGCUGACAUUACUGACAGAUGCUCUCCCCCUGUUGGAGUCUGAGGAAGUCAUCUUCAGCACCCAGCAGACCUAUGAGCUGAUGAACUGUCUGGAGGACAUCAGCCUUUCCUUCAGAUCAUCUGCAUAUCUCCAUGGAGACACAGCUGAUGACGCCCAGCUCAAGCUUACUAAGGGUCAACAGGAAGUGGAGAAGCAGAAGUUGGACCUGAUCAGACUUGCGCUGGCGAGGAACCUGGCACGCGCCAUUCUGAGUGAGGGGAGCCUGGAGUAGCAGAUAUUUUCAUGAACAUUUAUUUUUGACUGUGGACCAAGUACCCAUAUCUUGAAAUGUUAGUGAACUACCAGUACAUAAAAGACUGAUUCUUAAUAAUCUCAUCUAUAAAAUUUUCUAUAUAUUUGUAUCCAACAUACUCAGUAUGCCAUACACAUAAAACAUGUGAUCAUUGAUAUGUUAAACUGUAGGAUUUGAUACAAAAGUCACAACUAUCAUUGCAUUUUCGUACUGGAUGAGAAGACUGGUGGCUUGUAUCGUAUACAUUGUAAGUACAUGUAUGCAUGUGCUAUGGAUCAUGUACAUAUUGAAACUCACACUGACACAGAGCAAAACCAUUUUCUCUUGUCAAAGAAUGUAGACUACUACUUCAGAGACAAUACAGUUCCCUCA